AUGAAUUCACUUGCGUCAAUACUAUAUUCUUCGCCAUCAGCAAAACUGAAAAAACGGAAAAAUAUAUCGUUACAACCUUUACCGAAGCCCAUAAAAAUAAUCUAUCCAAAAUCAACAAAAUGCACAACUAGUGGCAUAUUAUUUCGUUCAUCAACACCUAAAACUCCGUUAACAACAGCAAUUCGUCCCAUAUCAACAUCUUCUUUUCCAAGAAAUUCUCCUAAUAGUCCACGUUGCUCAACACCUUUAUUUGCUAAACAACGGAGAUCAAGAGCAUUUAUUGCAUGCGAACUUUGCCGUGAACGAGCAUUUCAAUCAUUAAAUGAAAAUAAAAAUGAUAAAAAACAUAUUUCUCAUCAUUGCUCAACAACAUUAUGUCACUAUCAAAAUCAAACAAACACAAAAUAUCAUCGAAGGCGAUCAUCAAUAGAUCAAUUGCUUGUUUGGAUUGUUUAA